CUGUUAUUAUCGGUGGCGUACCCAAUCAAUUACCGACUGCAGCCGGUCGCAGCGUCUAUUCAGCCGACCUAAGAACCGGUAUCGCCGGUAUCAAUAAUUGCUGAUCUUUUCCUUCUCUUCUUCCCCAGAUUCUCAAGUCUCUCUAACUUGGAGAGGAGAUAGAAGACAUCUCAUCAUCAAUCUCCGGAUCCAAUCCAAUUCUGCAUCGACUCUUCAGAGUUUUAUUGGGUCAUUGGAGAUUUUUUUCGGUUGAGGAUGGCUAACAAUGAGGAGCAUCCUCCUCGAGGGAAUGAAUGGGAAGUCGUCUCGCUCACUUCAUCAGCUUAUGCUGCUGCUCCUGGUCCGUAUAACGUUGAAUCAAGAGAUGUGCGCAAGUAUGAUGCUUACUAUGGAGCGGAAACUUCACGUGAUCUGUACAUGUCUGAACACUUUGUAUUCCCACCUAGUGAGCAUGAGAAUUUACCCAUUGAUGAAUCUUUAUUCGUGGCGGAGCAAAGAAAGGAUGGCCGAGACUUGAUGCUGGAAGGUCAGGGAUUGUCUGAUCAGUUUCAUUAUGAAGCUGGAAACAACCAACAGAGUAUCUAUGGUGAAUCUGCGCUUGGUUCUUCUAGACACAUGGAAUCAUUCGGAAGCGAAUCAGCCGUGUAUGAACACGGAUUAGUUGAUGCAGAGGGAAACUUAGAUCUCCAUUCUGAUGGUGAGGGUGAAAAGGAUGUAAAAAAAUCAACACACAACCUUCCUUGUGAAGCUUGGUGGAAAAGGAGAGCUAUUUCUAUGUAUUCACGCACAAGAGAAGCAAAUGCGAUAUGGUCCUUAUUCUUUGCAGCUGCGGUCACAGGACUCGUAGUUCUUGGUCAACGCUGGCAACAAGAGAGGUGGCAGGUUUUGCAACUCAAGUGGCAAUCAAGCAUCAGUAGCGAGAAACUGGGCAGAGUACUUGAACCUCUCUCGCGCUUGAAAGACGUGAUUGUGAGAAGUAACCCACAAGCUUCUCUCGUAAGGAGUGGCUCCUCCAGUGAGGUCUAGAGACGAACUAUGAUGUUUGUUGAUUCGACAAUCUCACACAAGCAUAGGUAAGUACAAACUUGGUCUUGAGUUACAUGUGUGCGUGAUUGUCUAAAGCUAUUUACUUUCUUGGGAGCCUAUGUUGCUUCAUUAUCUUGUACUAUUAGAAUGGAGAUCCAGUUGCCUUCUUACAAAGCAAUCUCUUUAGGUGUCAAAAGCGCUUGUACUAGUGUGGAAACUGGAAAAUAUACACAUACACUUUUUUUUCUUUCUAAUUUGGUAAUUAUCUAUUUCUAUUCACUUUUUUUUUCAUUCACUUUCAUUGUAUGCUUACUAUAAGAGGCCAAAUAUAUAACACAUACGUUCUGAUUUGCAGUAGAAAUGACAGAAUCGUACAACAGUAUUAAAUGUUGAAAUGGAUUUGUAGAA